UGUCAUCCUCUCAUCUAGACAGAAACGUGGAUGGCGAAACUAUACAGGCUACAGACACAAGGCAGACAUAUGGAAAUGUAUGCAACAUAUGGACAUGCACACAUGUGGACAACUGAACCGGAUCUCAAACGGAACUUAUACACAAUCUGCCCAUAAAAUCCUGGGUGCUAUUGCGUCACUAUCCUUUGUCCAGUCUGCCUCAAAGCUAUAUCAAUGUCUUUCAUAAACCCAUUUUUAUUUCACCAAUCAAAACAUCCAUUGAAUAACCUAUAGUAAACAACAUACGGCAAUAAAAAGAGCUGCUGCAUUUUGCUAGUCCAACCUGAGCCAGACCGGACGAAUUUUGAAUAAAAAGGGCCACGGCCCACGUCUGAUCGGCAGUGGUCACCGUCGACUCCUUCUACUAGUCGUUCAUCAUGCAUCUCACCACUGUUUGGGCUUUAAGUGUGAUUGGUUUCAUUGGGUUUGUGCAUUCCCAUCCUUCCUUUAAGCAAGUGAUGGACCGCUCCGAUCCUUCCAAAAUUGUAAACGGAAUUCCAGCUUCCGCCGGUGAAUAUCCUUACAUGACUGUUUUGUUGUUGAACGGUUUCUUAUGCGGUGGAACCUUAGUCGGACCGUCCCACAUCUUGACAGCGGCUCACUGCUUGGCAGAUCACUCUGCCACAGAAGUGGGUUUAUUCACUGUUUACGUAAACACGUUGUCAAUCAACGGUGGUGGAACCGGCUCGGUCACUAGAGGAGUGAGCAAAUUCAUCAUUCACCAACUCUACAAUCGGAAUACUCAAGACAAUGACAUCGCCAUGUUGGUGUUGAGUUCGCCAGUAACCACUGUCCCGCUUGUUAAACUUCCUUCCAAUUCGUCCCUAACAACAACAACAACCGUCAAGCCAACCACCACUACCACCAAGCUGACAACGACAACCAAACCAACGACAACCAAACCGACAACUACAACAACCAAGCCCACUACGACGACCACGAAACCGACAACAACAACAAAGCCCACUACGUCGACCACGAAACCGACAACAACAACCAAACCAACGACAACAACAACUACGAAACUGACGACUAAGACGACUGCUAAAUCGACUACAUCAGUGAAAUUGACAAGCACCACUGCCAAGCCGUGUGCGUGUACUUGCCCGCAACCAACUUCACUAGCAGCAGUGAGAGCUUUUAGCACUUAUUCCAACAGCCCGGCCAUCAUUGCCGGAUGGGGAACAACUUCUUCAGGAGGAAGCGUUUCGAAUGUACUGCUCAAAGCUGACGUCACCAUCCAAGACAAUUCCGUUUGUACCAGCCAAUAUGGAAGCGGCUUCAUCGGAAACGACAUGAUGUGUGCAUCCGCACCGGGCACAGACACUUGCCAGGGUGACAGCGGUGGUCCUAUUUUUGUUAGCGGAGUUCAAGUGGGUAUCACCUCCUUCGGCAGUGGCUGCGCUGAUCCCAAUUAUGCCGGUGUAUACACCCGCGUCACUACCUAUCUUGGCUGGAUUUCGACAACAAUGACAAACAACCCAGCCCCAACAGUUGGCUAAAAUUAAGUUUCGAUUCCGUUUCUCACCUGCUGUCAUCCAAUCAGACCCAUCCUAACGUAGCAAAAUUCAAUUGGUCUUUAGUUAAGUAAGAAUGUCCUCUCCUUGAUUUAUUAUAGGGUUUAUAGAAGUGUGCU